UUAAAUGUCAGCUAAGUCAUUCCAACUAAAGCCGGAGCUCCCUACAUAUACUGGAAACUUAGUUGAAGAAAAGCUGAGGAAUCUUAUGAGAAAAUAAGGAUGAAAUUAUCAACAAGACAAAGCUAACACAAAGGCUAGAAUUUGGGCAUACCCAAAUCUCCCAAUAUGUGAGCCAUAGCUCACAAGUCAAGGGGGUUAUUUGGAAUCCCAAUUUGAAUUGUUUUGCUAGCUAUGAUGAGAAAUAACCUCCAUCUGUGGGACCCAGAAAACUCUACCACUGUUUUCUCAGCUAACUUCUUUGAUACAGCAGGUUCUCAUUGUGUGUCUUGAGUUACUUACUCAACCAGGUAUAGGUUAUACAUGGCUGUGACCACUGACUUUAAGCUACUGAUUUACAAUGAAUUGUUAAGAUAUGUCAAACAAAAAGACCAGGAUGGGAACGUAAAGCCGAUUGAGCUCAGAGUCAGACUCGUUAACAACAUUCAUUUCUGGGAGCAUAGAAGUAAACUUAUCACAGCUGGUGUCGGAGGAUGAUUUGUCUUUGACUUCAGAGUCAAGACUAAGUAUGACCCAAAGCAAGCUCUUUUCCUUGACCCUGAUUCGAAGAAUUUAAAAUUUGUGAUUGAAAAUAUGGUGCCGAUCAACAAAGAUCUUUGCUGGUUGAAAGGUCUUAAAGUUAUAGAGAAGGAAGGCAUGCUCUUCUCUUGGUCUCAAGAAUAUACUUGCUUCAACAAACUUGACAAUGGAGAGAUAGUUGGAAAAUAUCAUUCAUUGACAUCAAAAGAGAAUUAUAUCACUGAUUUGAUCAUUUCAGAAGAGUUUAAAUACUUCAUUACAUCUACUGUCUUCGGGCAGAUAUACGUAUGGAAGUUAAAUGUCAGGAGUACAUACAUCAAUUUUGACGAUGUUGAUGAUGCGGUUAAAUUUAAAAAUCUUAAGACAAAGAAGAAGCUAAUCCACUCUUUCUCAGGCCAUGCAAAGAAAGUUACAUCUCUUGCUGCUCAUCCUAACAACACCUCUUUUAUAUCUGCAUCCUUGGAUAACACAGUAAGAGUUUGGUGACUAGAUAAAUUUAUUGAACUCUACUGCUUUGAAGUCAGUGCUGGCUUGACCGACAUUUUUCUCCUCAACGAGAAAUUAUUUGCCUGUGUUUAUUAUGACAAAAUUAAGAUCUUAAAGCUUCAACAUCUAGCCAGUAGUUUUAGUAACCCAAACUCAAUAAUUAAAAAGGUCGGCGCUUGAUAUGAUACUAUUGAAGAUCAGAUUAGAAAUAACCCCUUUGCGAUCUAUGUAGUGAGUAAUGACAACUCAGCGGUUGUUUUUGAUCCCCAAGGAAAGCAGAUUUCUACUAUAUACCCUCCUCCAACUGCUAAAGAGCUAAAGGAGGUAGAAUACUCUAUCAAACUUAGGAAGAUAUUUAUUCUACUUUCUUCAGGAACUAUCUGAGUUUACUCUUUUGAUCAGGAAACAGCCUUACUGGAGAAACUUCAAAGGCCUGAACAUAUUAAGGAUUCUGCAGGUAAAUCUAUCAAUCAGCUGAUCACUACGAUGAACUUUGUCAAUAUAGUUCCUCCAAAAUAUGAUUGCGAGGUUCUUAAAGACCAAGCAAUGAGGGAAAGAGAGGUCUUGAUAGAAGACACUGGAGAGGAGAAUAUGAUAGCUCUAGGGUUUUCCAAAGGCACUUUUGCCUUUGUAUCUGUCCAUGAUACUGAUAAAGUCUAUGCUAGAUUCUCUAUCCAUCGCCAACCAAUCACUCGGAUACAAAAAAUCAACUUUGGAGGUGCAGGAAAGUCAAGAUUUGACAAACCAUUAGAGAUCCACUCUGUGAAAGAAGAGGGGAAAGAAAGUGAUGGGUACUCACAGAGCAACCAGACUUCUGAGUUUACUCCAGAAGUGCUCUUUAUGUCAAUGUGUGCAGAGUUUUCAAUGCAUAUUUGGGGAUUCAAGGAUGGCAAUAUAAUAGUUUAUAAGAGUUUCAAAACACUUAGACAGGUAAACCAGGUCUCUUUCUGCUCUGAUACCAUGCUCAUGUCAUUCCAGUCUAGAGACUGAGAACUCAUGAGUAUGGAUUCUGAUUUAAUGGAGCUAGAGGUAAUUCAUAAAGAAAAGAUUAAUGAGCAUUCUGACGCCAUCACAUGUAUGACAUCAAGUAUCGAAUCUGGCCUAUUCGUGACAGGAGGCAAGGACGGAAAUGUCAAGGUCUGGACUAGUCAAAAAGAGCUAGUCAGAGAGAUCUGUUUUAACGAAGAAAUUGACUCAAUAUGUUUCCUAAACGAUCAGCUUGAUAUCCUUGUAGGACAUGGAUGCAAAGUCUCGAUAAUUCUUGCUUCAGAUUACAAGCCGUUUACAAUAAUCAAAGAGAGUGAAGACAUUUAUGGAGUUGAGGAUGACUCUGAAGACGGUCCUGAAGAAAUCAUUCGCACAACUGUCACUGACAAAACAUUUGAAAAAUUUAAAAUAAAGGAUGAACACAUGAGCCCAGAUGAUGAUUCUGAAGAGUUUAAAAUUAUGAAAAAGAAGAAAUAAAAACUUUGAAGAAGAGAAAUUUGGCGACUCUUUCUAUGACACCAGCGCUAUUGGGGCAAAUAAAAGCUGUAUCCCCAAUGCUGAAGAUUCUGAUGAAGAAUAUAUCACUGAAGAGUUAUUCCAGAAGGCACUUCAAGCAGCACUUGAACAAGAAAAGAAAAAGAAGAAAGGUAAAGGAAAGGGUAAAAAUAUCUCAGGCAAAAAGAAGAAAGGAGCUAAAUUAAAUCGAAGAGGUAGCAAAAUGUCAAAGAAGAAAGACAAACCAUCUGUUUUAGACAAGUAUAAAAAGGGGAAAAAGUCAGGAGAUGUCGAAAAGUUCUCCCUAGUUGACGCUAGUGUCACUAAAUAUAAACCCUUGUGCACUGCAUUACCAUCAUCUUUCCCCCAACCUAUGAAUAUAGCAGAUCGGAUUCGAGAAGCAAAGAAAAUGAAUAUGACUAGAAGAGAUAUGACUGAACAAAAGAUUGUGAAGAAUAUUAUAGCUCAUAACGAUCCUUCUGAUGUGCAAAAUUUCGAAGUUCUGUAUAUCUCUACUAAGAAUGAGCCUUUCUUGCCUGAUUCUUUCAGUCGUAGAGAUGCUGGGGGUCAGUUCCCACCAAACUAGCACUCAUUAAAUAAUUAUACAGGUAUCUCAA